AUGCCUGUUUCUACCGUAGAGCUAAAGGCGGCCAAGGAAGUUAAACCUUUGAAACCCAUUCAACCUACUCAAUUAUGGGGAUUCGACAAUGCCCUUUCAUUAUUGAAAUCAUAUCAAGACCCAUACAUUCUUGAUGCAUUAGAUGAAUUUCUACUUAUUAACAGUAAGCUAUUGUUGAAUCCAUUACCGUUUAAACGUGUGACCAAAAGUUCUAAUAAGGAGGCUAAAGAAUUAUCGUUGCGUAAUAUUUUAUAUUCAGACAUAACACCAAGUAAUAUUAAAGACGCUGAAACCAUAAGCAAUGUAUUGAAUUUAGAUUACAAUGAUGUAUUAAGAGUAAUAAGCCAAACUUGUAAACGUAUCCCUGAAAGAAAGGUUUACAAUUAUGAAAAAUUAAAAUCCAAAUUGCCAGAUGAUAGAGAAAAAUACCUAGAAGAAGAAAGAAUUUUGCUUUAUUCCAGCAGAGUAUUGAGAGAAAAAAGGAUAGUUCUUCGCUUGGUUAUUGAAUUGUUAAACAAUAAGUCUAAUUCAGAAACUUCUUCGACCAUUCAAAACUUGGGAAAGGAAAUAUAUCUUUCUAAAACAUACAUCAAUGACUUAAUCAAUAGCCUAGAAGAAUUGAUCAAAUCAGUUGCUAAUAGAUCAUUUAUUACUGGGUUUUCAGAUGCAUUAGAUGAGAUAAUAAAUACGGAAAACCUUCUUCUAAUUAUUGAUCAAAUGAGAAUAUUGACUGAAUUGCUCGUUCAAAAUCCAAACAUACAACAGGAUACAGUAAAUCAUUGGUUUAAAUUCAUGAAGUCAAAUAAUUUUAUUCAGUCAUUGGGCCCAUGUGUUUCACAUAACGAAUCUUUCAUGUUGAUGCAAGCGCUUGCUACAGUCAUCUCGAUAUUGUUCUUAGAUUUGGAGAACAACUAUGGAUCAGAAAGUGAUUCUGAUAAAUUUAUGAAUAAUGCUGAAAAUUUCAAAUCAAUUAACGACUCGAUAACAAAUCCAUCCAAUUUAAAUUCUGUGGUCAUGUACAGUUGGUCAAUAAUUUUAUUAAGAAAGUCAUUACUAUUAGAAGAAUAUAGAGAUCUUCCAUCGUCAGUAGCAUUUACGAAGCAAUUUUCGAUUCAACAAAUGGAUGACUCUAUCAAUAACUUAAAUAUGAGAUGUGUCCAAUUGGGUGUCUUUGAGAACUUAGCAAAGCUUAACAAUUUGCUUAAAUUCGAUAAUAUUUACCCAGCGAUUUUAACGUCCGUUAUUUUGUCUGCUAUGCCAUUAAUCUCAUUCACACCGGAAAUUGCGUCUAGCAUUGAAAGUAUUUUGAAAACAGCGCCAAAUAGUGUUCUUGAAAAAUUUUUCGAUAAUGAAGCAACUGCAAAUGCAAUAAUUUUGUCAAGAACCAAGUUUCCAGUAUCUCUAACCCCUUAUUUGAAACUUGCAUCAAUUAAUGGUAAUUUUGCUUUUAACGAGUUAGAAGAAUUAAAGUCAUAUAUUUCAGUCUUCAAGAAACAGGAAUUUAAUAACUUAUAUCAAAUAGAUGAUGAGAAUACUGAAUUGGUUAAAUUGACGCAGUGGAUUGAUGUUUAUCCACCAUACGAAGUAAACAAAAAAUUAUCAUUACUUCUCAAUGUCGGGACAAAGGCAAAAAUUUUACCGUCUGCAAAUGAAGAUGAAGUCUUAGUUACGUUCUUAUACAAAUAUAAUGGUUGGGCAUUUUUGGGAAGGGUAUUGCAAAAUGUUUCAAAGGUCUUUGAUAGUUCAGAUCCAGAAAAAGUAGAAUUUGUCAUAAACAUAUUAAACCUCUUAACAAAAGCGGUGAUGGAUAAUAGCUCUGAUGACGCUCAAACAAUUUUGAAAUAUAUGUCAGCCUAUACAGAUGAUUCUGAUAUUGUCGAAGUUAUCUUAAGAUUAUUUGAACAAGCAUUGCAUGCCCGAAAAGUCGAUAUUUUAGAAUCAGUUAUAAACUUUUUGACUAUUUCGAUGCCGUUUUUGUCUUUUAGGAUUUGGCCUUAUUUAUCGAAGUCUUCAUUAUUAUCAAAUGGCGGUAAAGAAGGACUUGCAUCAAUAAUAUUUGGGGCUAUUGAAAUGGUAAAUGGAGAUUAUUCGUUCACAGUAUCUUUAAUAAAGUUAGCAGAUUCAUUAGUACAAAAUUGCUUAACAUUACAGGAUGAUUAUCCAGAGAAAUCGAAAAGCACUAUUUUAGAUAGAAUUAUAAAUCAUAUGAUUCUUGUAUUUGAAAGUUUUGUCCAUUGCAGAUUUAAUGAAACCUAUCAAAAAAUGGAAAUUGGCGUUCUAAUUUUAGACAUUUUAUCAAAUAUUUUAGCAACUGUUCAUGGAAUUGAUAAUGAGAGCAAAUCUUCAAACAGAAUUGCGAGAAUCUUCUCAGAAUCAUCGUCACGGAUCAUUGAUUCGUUUUUAAUUGCUGGGACAGAAUUUUCAAGAUCUGCAUUGCCAAUUUUAUCCAUGAUUGAAUCACUCAGUGCAAACAUGAGCUUAUAUGAAGUUAGUGACAUAUCAGGAUUUUGGUACGAUAAUUGGAUACGUUGCUCCUUGGCAUUUUCUCAACUUAUAAUAUCUAUUAGAUCUGUGUUGAACUUGCCUCCAUCUGCUUUUGAGAGAUCCUUAUUUACCAAGUUAACGCUGUUGGUUAAUACAUACUCACAAUAUGAAACUUUGAGAAAGGAUAUUUUGGACUUAAUAACCACACUAACAAAUGGUAAAUGGCUAAAUGAACCAACUCCCUCUUUAUUGUCUCAUUUAGGACGCGAUCACGCCCAGAUCUUAUUGCAUUCGUUAGCCUCUGAUUUAGAGAAUUCAUUUGAUGAUUAUAAAAUGAAAAUAUCAUUAUAUGAUUUCAUUUGUGCCGUUAUGGAUGGUAACCAAGAAGGUCUAUCAGUAUUAUUUAUUAGUGGAAGAGACGUCUUUGGCGAUUUUACUAAGUCCUCUAAUACGAACUCUGACGAUCAAAAGCCCAUUUCAUUGUUAAGUAUCUUAAAGAAGAAUGUUAGGGAUAUUAAGUAUUAUCCUAACUCUGUCAGUCUUCAUUUGGCUGACGCAAUUUCAUUAGCCUUUAACUCUUGGACAACGGCUAGGGAGAAUGAUAAUGAUGUGGAAUUUGUUGAUGAGUUAAUCCUUAAGAUACAGUCACCUAUUAACGAAUCACCUGGAACUACGGAAGAGUAUAUCGCAGCAUGCUACGAACUUAAGUUAGUCUCCAAGAUAGCAGAAAUAUUAUCUUCUUUCUUAUUUACCACUAAAAAUGAGGUUUGCAAAAAAAAUAUUGUCAAAUUGUUAACUUCUGAUGAUUUCAUUGCUACAAUGGAAAAGCUGUUUCGAAUCAAUAAUUACCAACCAACUUUGCAUUCUAAUUUGCAGAUUAAUUUCGAAAAUACAUUCACUGGAUUCGAAUUAUCUCAAUUCACUUGUUCUUUGUUGAAAAGAAAUAGGUUUGGUGUUUCAACUGUAUACAGUUUGGUUUUGAUGGAUAGACUCUUUAAUAAUUCUCCUGCCUGGGAUCAAUUGAGAGAACAAGUUGUUGCUUCAAGUAUUAAUUUGCAAUAUUUAAGUGCUCAAGCUUCGGUUGCAAAAUCAUUUGGCGCUUUAUUAACCGCGUUUUGCAGAAGAUUUCCUUCUGCAUUGAAUUCUAACUUUUUAAACUUGGUUUCACAUUUAUUAAAAAUAAACAUUUCGGAGGGAGUUCCAGCAGAUUUCUUUGCGGAUGUGUUUCAGGGACGUAUUGAAUUGGCGUUUUUCAUUGAAUACACAAUAUAUACAACGCCCGAUAUAAAAAAGGAUCUUAAUAUCGUUCUUGAAAUUAUUAAGGGCUGUUCGGAAUUAUUAUCCGCUUCGAGUAUGAAUUUUCUUAAGAAUUUGAAUGAAGACUCCGGUAAUUAUAGACCUUUGCUUCGUAUACUAUAUUGUUCGUUAAACAUAGUUAAGGAUGAUUCUGGUAUGUUGAUUGAAUACUUAAGCAUUUUCCGUGACCUUUUUGAGCUCAUUAUUACUAAGGCUACAAAAAACUUGUUUAUUGAAAUUCAAAAUGAUGUUUAUCUCUCUCGUACCGAAAAGAAUCAUGUGUCAAAUAAGAUGAAUGGAAGAUUGGACGAUUUGAUGUUGAUCUUGUCAAUAUUGAAAGUUUUCGUUAAUAUGAAAUCAUCUCCUACCUUAAACUAUGAAAUGGCUUCGUUAAUUGAUGAUAAUGGUACCAUAAAAGCUCUUUUAAAUCUUUAUUCAUUGUCCCAUUUAAUAGAGGUUAACGAUGAACACAUUUUUGCCCAGUUGAGUUUAAUGUUUAUUCAAGAAUUGAUGACAAUCGAAGUUAUGGCAGAAAGAUUAAUAUCAUCUGGAAUGUUCUUGGUAAUAGUUCAAAGUAAAAUAUCCAGUCCCAUUGAAUCGGGUGGUGUCAAUACUCUUAUAUCACCACAUUACCAUAGAAUUUGGACUAAUGGGAUCUUACCAAUAUUCUUAACAGCAUUAUCUAGACUAGGACCAAGCAUUAUUCCGGAAGUAAGCUUGGCACUUCAAGCGUUUGGUAAACAGAUUGAAUCAUGUAUUGAGAGUUGGUCCAAGGACUCAUCCACGAUAAGAAUUACGUCUUCCAUGAUAUCUGAAACUAGUCAAAUCUUACUAUUAUUCAAAAUGUUACAAUCAUUGAAUAUUAACGAUUAUUUAAAUCAAGCAGCAAUUGCAAGAAAUAUCGAGACUGCUUCUCAUACCAUUGAUAUGCAACUAUUACCAGGUUUGGAAACCGAAUCCAAGCGUGAUGAUUUUGUCGAAUGUAUCAACAAUUUGUUGAAACACCCAAAGUUCUUAUCCUCAAGAAUACUUCCAUGUUCACCAGAGGAACAAAGAAUGGUAGAAGGAGGCGAUAUAACCUACAGAAAAUUUAUUAAUAAUUCAAUUGAAGAAAUUCGUGAGUUAAAGGCUUUCUUCAAUCAAUAA